GUAGACUGGGACCGAGUUACAUCCUUCCUUCGUAUUGAUUGAUUUGUAGAGGUGAUUCCGUUGAAAGCGUAGACCCAUUGACCAUCGUUUAAAGUCCCCACUCAUUUGACAGUUCGUUUAACAACAAAAACCCCCAACAAACCCAAUCCAAAUCACACCAAAACCCACCCAUAUAUACCUAAAAUUAUUCGCCAAUUACAGCUCUCGCUAGUCGGCCGAAUUAUUCUCCGGCGUCUCCAAAUCGCCGGCAAACUGAAAAAGACAGAGAGAGAGAAUCAGAAACGCAUACAUCGGUAUAUACGAUUGUAUGUGCCGUUGUAUGAGAAACUGAGAGGUGGGUUUUGAUCCUUUUGAGGUUUUGGUUGGUGGGUUUUGAUUCUUUUUGAGGUUUGGGCUGGUGGGUAUGGACAAAGUUUUCAGCAAGGUUCGGAAUUUGGAUGCUUACCCAAAAGUCAAUGAGGAUUUCUACAGCCGCACGCUCUCCGGCGGUGUUAUCACCCUUGUUUCCUCCAUCGUCAUCCUCUUGCUGUUCUUCUCCGAGCUCGGGUUAUACCUCCACACUGUUACUGAAACAAAGCUCGUAGUAGAUACUUCGAGGGGAGAAACCCUUCGUAUUAAUUUUGAUGUUACUUUUCCUGCAAUUCCAUGUUCCUUGCUCAGUCUUGAUGCCAUGGAUAUCAGUGGAGAGCAACAUCUUGACAUAAGACACGACAUUUUCAAGAAAAGAAUAGACUUCCAUGGCAACGUACUAGAAGUCCGGCAGGAAGGAAUGGGCGCCCCUAAGAUUGAGAAGCCUUUGCAGAGGCAUGGUGGUAGGCUUGAGAAGAAUGAGACAUACUGUGGUUCAUGUUUUGGUGCAGAAACGUCAGAUGAAGAAUGUUGCAAUUCAUGUGAAGAAGUCCGUGAAGCUUAUCGAAAGAGAGGGUGGGGGAUGACAAACCCAGAUUUGAUAGACCAGUGCAAAAGAGAAGGUUUCGUCCAAAAGAUAAAAGAUGAAGAAGGAGAAGGAUGCAACAUUCAUGGAUCACUUGAAGUCAAUAAAGUGGCUGGAAACUUUCAUUUUGCCCUUGGGAAAAGCUUUCAUCAGUCAAAUGUUCAUCUGCAUGAGUUGCUAGCAUUUCAGAACAAUGUGUACAAUAUAAGCCACAAGAUCAAUAGGUUAGCUUUUGGCGAAUAUUUUCCGGGAGCCGUAAAUCCCCUUGACGGAGCGGAAUGGGUUCAAGAAGCACCAAAUGGAGUGUACCAGUAUUUUGUCAAGGUUGUCCCUACGAUCUACACUAAUGUACGAGGCCGGACUAUUUCGUCAAAUCAGUUCUCCGUGACAGAGCAUUUUAAGAGUACAGAAGCCGGUCUCUUUCAGUCGCCUCAUGGAGUUUACUUCUUUUAUGACCUUUCACCAAUUAAGGUUACCUUCACAGAGGGGCAUACCUCAUUCUUACACUUCCUCACACAUCUGUGUGCAAUAAUUGGAGGUACCUUCACGGUGGCGGGUAUUGUAGAUUCAUUCGUAUACCAUGGUCGGAGGGCUUUAAAGAAGAAAAUGGAAAUUGGGAAACUCCGAUAAUGUUUUGACACUCGUGGACGAAGAGGAGAAACGUCUGAUCAUUCUUGAGUUAUCGUGUUUUUGGCUUUUCUUUUCUUUUCCCAAAUGAGGGCGAUAGAUUAACAUAUCAAGAUGUAUGUAACCUGUGGGUUUGUUUAAUUUAUGUUCCGAGCUUCAAUUUUCACCAUAGUUACCAAACUGACUUCUUUUCCUCCUUAUUUGGAGCCAUUUGUGACUUAAAAUCUGUUGAUCCGGAUUUUUACGCAGAUGCGUAAUUUCUUCUUUCAUACACAGGGGGUUCCUUUUGAGACUA